AAGUCUCGUUUGUUCUGCCCUUCGUUCUUCUCUCAUUUCUUGUGGAAGAUUCUUAUUUUUUAUUCCAUUUUGUACCUACGGUAUGUUGUCACCGCUUUCGCGAAACAGAGAAUCGAAACUUUUUUCUGCGUUCGAUGCUAGUGCUGCAUUGCUUCCCAUCGGGCUGCGCAUCACAUAGCAUUGCACCACUCGAGAAGACAACGCAACGAAACACAACACAACAGCAGAAGCACGGCAAACCCACGCCCMGACCUUGCGCGCAACAAAACGAGAUGAGAACGCGGCUCCCCCGCUCGUUUUCUUCGUCGGCGGUUCGUUCCGAAACGGCCCUGGCGCGCAUCCGAAUCGUCUCCGUCAACGACGUCUACGAACUUGCGAACCUCCCCCGGCUCCGGACCUUUCUGGACGGGCUGGCGGUCGCCCCUCCCGAUGCCACCGGGCGAAGGGCGGGGGAGGCAUUGCGGUGUCGGAAGAAGGAGCCGCAGCCGCCCUCCGCGGUGGUCCUGGCCGGGGACUUUUUGUCCCCGUCCACCCUGUCCUCGAUCGACGGGGGACGGGGGAUGGUGGCCACCCUCCGGGCGGUCGGGACGACGCACGUCUCGCUCGGGAACCACGAGCAAGACCUACGGCUGGAGUCGCUGCGGGAGCGCCUCGGGGACCUCUCGGAAGGACCGGCCACCGGGACAGGCGCGGAACGAGGCACGGACAAAAACACGAACACGAACACAACCACCGAUGCGUGUACAGAAAGUGCAACGACGGAGCCAGGAAAGACACAGCUGCCGAGGCGAAAACGCCCGCGAUCGAACCACGCGGAUCCUCCUUGUGGGAGCCACCCGGCCUGCGGGCCCGUCGUCGUUCUGAACACCAACAUGCGGCGCGACCUUCCCAAAAAGGCCGAGUGGAUGCAGUCCGUCACCAGGCCGCAUUCCCUGGUUUCCAGCCCGUGCGGGAGGGCCACGAUCGCGCUGCUGGGGCUGCUGAGCGACGAGCCGGGGCUCUUCCGGGACAACACCUUCAAGUCGGUCCCGAUCCAGAACGUGCUGGAUGCCUAUACGGAAGCCUACCAGAGCUUGGUGGAAGGCGACGAAGGGGGAGCCACCGGGACCCGAGAUCCGCCCGUGGACCUGCUCGUUCCCGUGACCCACGCGUCCCUGGUGCGGGACGGGGAACUGGCAGAGCACAUGCUGGCGCUGCACGGGGGGCCCGGUCUCAUCCUCGGGGGGCACGAGCACGAUCCCUACCACGAGAUGGUUGCCGGGGCCGGCCAAUCCUGCAGUAGCAACAGCAGCAACAGCAACAGCAACAGCAAUGGUAACCACGAAGAAACCACCUCCGAAGACGCCGCCAUUCACAUUCUCAAGAGCGGGAUGGACGCUCGCAAUGCGUGCCUGGUGGAUUUGGUCUUUGAGAUACCAGACACGGAACGAGCACCGGAGCAAGCCAUCGAUACGGGCACCACCAAGAACGUGCCUCCUCGUCUCGUGGAGAUCACGUCGGAACUCAUAGAUUUGUCGGAAUACGAGCCGUCGCCUCGCAUACAAAAGAUUGUCGACAAGCACAUGUCGGUCGUUCAGGCACUGGAGGACGAAAUCAUCAUCGACGCGGGGGACGAGUAUUCGUCUCUUUCGCUGCCACCCGGUGUGCUUCUUUCCUCGGAGGGAACGCGCUUUCGGCAAACCACCAUCGGGGGCUUCUUCUGCCAGAUGAUCAAGGAAGAACUGGAAGAAUGCGAUGUUGCCAUGCUGAACGGUGCCGUCAUCAAGGGAGGCGUGCUAUACCGAAACGCCAAGAUGAGCUACGCGCAGCUCAAAAAGGAACUGCCCUUUCCCACAAAAAUCGUGGAGGUAGAAAUGACACCGGGUGAGGUGAGAGACGCCAUACACUAUUCCCGGACAGCCGUGGAGGCGGGAACCGAAGCCGGUGGCGCCGAGCCCCCGAGGCGUGGGUAUUUGCAGGUAGACCGCGAUUUCGACGACCGGAUGAAGGAUCCCGACGGCGGUGAGGACAGCGGCGGCGGAGCGUCCUUCCUCCGGGUCGCCCUUCCCCGAAACCUGCUCAACGGGUUCUGCAAGAUCGAGCCCCUGAUGGCCGUCGGGAAGCGCCUCAAGGGGGAGGGCAGAUUCCCGGGGGACGACGAUUUCGUCCCCGCCAUUGACCUCGUCGUCCGGCACGCCUCGAAGAACCGGUGGCUCCACCUGCUGUCGGACGAGACCGACUUCGAACGCUUCGACCUCAACGACGACGGGGUGCUCGACAAGCACGAGGUCCGGGCCAUGAUGAGGGACGCACUGGGCUACGAGCCGGCCGACUUCGUGGUGGAAGACAUGGUCGCCGCGAUCGAUCUGGACGAGAACGGUACCAUCGAUCCGGACGAGUUCCAACGCCUGGUUGUGGCACAGCAGCAAGCUGCUGCUGCGGCGGCGGCAACACCAGUGACAGAGCAAGGCAACCACCACGGCAGUGAGCACCCAGAGAAGCAAUGAUUUUGGUGCGCACGACAGGAACAUGACGUGCUACCGUAACCAACGAGAGUCGCACUUAGCUCGACUCGGAGGUUCUUGUUUCGUGAUUCUGAAUAGUCUAUGGAUUGGGCGUUCUCCCGUUUCACUGCAGGCCCAAGCAGGUGAGCCACGUAUGCUGAGGUAUUGGUAAAGACUCGACAGGAAGAAUUAAGUCAAACUACUACA